AUGAAGUUUUCGAGCCUCCGAUGGAACAAGUUUCACGACGAAUACUCAAAACUCAAUCAUGAGCAGAGUGAUUCCUCCUCAUCGGAUCCCAUGAGUGUCUUUGAGGCUUCUCAAACAUCGGCAAGACAUGGGCAGUGGUCAGGAUGGCUCGAAUGGGCUGCACGAGUUCUGAGUGUACUCAUAUUCGUGAGUGGCAUGAUUAUGAUGCUUAUCGCUGGACAACAAUGCAAGACCCGGUCCGCCUCCGACAAAGAAUGUGCAGCUCAGACGAGCGUAUGGUUUCCAGUUCUUGGAGCCGUCGAAUAUGAGUAUCGAGACUGGGUUGACAGUUCUGCAACAACCCAUUCCAAGUACAUCUCAGACAUCCCUUCUCUGGCUUUGGAGCAUCGAUGGCACAGGUUAGAGAAUAUGCCAGCCGUCCUGAUCCCCUCCGAAAGAAUCCCCACCUUAAAUCGCAGCAUAGUCCAAGACUUCCUCCGAGCCAACCCACCACACAGCGACAAAUACAUCGCCGGCAUCGAAGUUUUCCACCACCUACAUUGCCUCAAUAUCCUCCGACAAGUCGCCUGGAAAGAUCGAUAUCCCACGAAUCUGGUACCCUCGCUCCUUAGACACAACUCCCCUGCCGUGGCUUCCAAACACGCAGACCACUGCAUCGAGACGCUCCGUCAGGCUUUGACUUGCAAUGCGGAUGUAACGCCGUAUCUCUGGUAUCGACGUGCGCAUGUUGAUGGGACGGCAAAGGAGGACUUUGCGGCUUCGCAUAAAUGUAAGAAUUUUGAAAAGAUUGUGGAGUGGGUGAAGGAGAAUGGCGUUCAGGUGCCUCUAGAGGCAACAAGGGGUGACGUUGCAACGAAAAUGUAG